AAUUAAAGUAGUAAACAUUUUUGUGGUGUUCAUCUUCGAUUAAAACAGUUGCAUUUAUAUACAAACAUUAUUUGUACUUCAUUGAAAUGAUUUCGUAGUUGAAAUUAGAAAAAAUAAAAAAGAAUGAAAAUCAUGAAAUAUUCGUAAAAAAAUUAAGUUGCUGAUUAAUGUUAUGAAAUUGUAAAAAAAAAAUUAAUAUUAAUAUAGCAAAAAAAGAAUUGAUAGAGGUUAUAUAAAGAUUUACUAUCAGAAAUCACAAAUGACAUACAUUAUCGCAAUUAGCGACAUUUACACAGUGACAGAUCUAUAAUAUUGAUAUAUGAUUGGUUACAUACAAGCCAAUAAAAAACGGGCAAGUAGCCAAUCAAAUAGUUUCAUUGUGUACGAUAUUCACAUAAGUACAGUCCUAGAUUCUGUUAAACGUAUUUGUUAGAUUUGUGAAAUUGUAUGUGUAGCUAUAUAACAGAUUACUUUGUUUUUCACAAAUGCACUUUUAAGUUUUCCUGUUUCUUCAUAAUUUAUGUACAUUUUUUCCUCUAUUCGAUUUAUUAUAAUCAAAGUUUUCAUUAAAUCAUUUGAUAUAUUUAAAAUAUGAAAUGAGAUUUGCAGUAAUUCGGCAAUAAAGAAAAAAAGAAAGAAAAAAAAAAAAAAGAACUUUGUUUACGAAUGAAUGUUUGCUUUAGAUACGAUAAGUUUUAAAAAAAAAUGUCAAGUAAUAUAGAAAAUUUGACUGCGUCGGAGAAAGAAGAAAGUGAAAAGAUGAAGAAAGAACUUGAAAAAAUGGGGAUAGACAGGCCAAACUAUAAUUUAAGAUACAUGAAGCAAAUUAUCAAUGUAAUACGUGAAUCUAAAGAAAUGGCCAACAGACCAGAAAAUAAUGCAAGAAAUCAAAAGGAUUUGCCAUAUUCUACUAAUAAUUCUGUACCAGAUCUAGCGACUAAAGCAAAGUCAAUACUAGAAACAGAUAAUGACCGACCAAAACCAAGUUGCUCGUACAGCACUUAUCAUAAUAGUAGCUCAGAAUCACCUAAUGUUCGUGAUAAGAAAAACAUUAUGUCUAGAAGAAAGAGUUCGGAUGAUGAUGUCAGUGAUGAUGGUUCAGAUAAAUACCUAUCUCAUCAAAAAUCUAAAAAUUCUAUGCAGGAAUGUUCUAAUUCACGUAUAGAAAAUAAAUUAGGUGCUCCAUUAGAACAUAAAAAAAAAUUGAUCAGAUGGCGGAUUAAUCCAUUAGAUUCUCGCUCUGAUCAGAACGAUGUGCCUUUACAACAGCCAAGGCGACCUCCAGCUCAAGAGCGCAUACCUUUCAGAUUUUGUAAAGAUGCGAAUACAACUGAAAAGGGCAAUAAAAUAAUGAAUGAAUUGAGUAUUCAUUUGAAAGAAAUGGCAGAUCUAUGGUUCAGUUGCCAUGGUUCAACCCAAUUGAAGUUUCGAUGGGGGACACCCAUUCAGGUGGAUACUGAUAACAACAGUUUGGACAGAAAACCUCUCAUGGUUGCUACUAAUUUCAAUGAAUUAGAAAAUAUAAGCAGUAAUUACGACAGAGCUAACAAAAGGAAAGCUGCUUGGUUUAUUAAUACAGCAGUAUCAAGUUCUAGCAGUGAUGAUAAUGAUGAAAUGAGUCUUAGCCUUCUUAAAAAAACAAAAAUUGAAGAUACAAAUAAAGUACGCAAAAUAUUAUAUAACAAGGAACCAAUAACUCAAGAAACAGAUUGUUUAAAGCAACAAUCUGAUAAAGAAGAUUUAUUAUCAAAUAAUAAUUUUAAUCUUAUUAAUGACAACGAUACUGCUAGAAAAAGUAUAAAUAUAAAAUCUUUGCAAGGGCCUAAAGAAAGAUCUUCUGAAAUGUUAUCCAAUACAAAAAUAGAGACACUUUUAAAGUCAAAUGUGUUUGAUAAAAAUAAGACAUUAAGUACUUAUUCGUCUUUAAAAAAUCAUAAAGAUACAAAUAAAAAUGAUGUAGAAAGAAGUCCUAAUACAUCAAAUAAAGAAAGUCUAGAUUACAAACUGACAACUAAAGAAGCAGUUGUAGAAUUGGAAAGAAUUAUUGACAAAGAUAAUGAAAUGCUAUUAAAUGAAGACGUUGUUAUUAAACCAUUAUCUUUGAAGAGUUUUUCAGCACGACUAGCAAAACAAUGUGUGCAUUUAAAACAAGUUGAUGCUGAAAGAAAAAGAAAAAUACUUUCAGAUCAAAAGGAAGCUCAAAGAAAAGAGGAUGAAGAAAAAGAGAAAAGAAAGCAAGAUUUUAUGAAAAGAAGAAUGCAGGAGAUGGAGGAAACAUUUAUAAAUAAAGAAAAAGCUCAAAGUAAAGAUAAGAGAAAGGAUAGGCUGGUAGAAGUAUUACAAUCUAGAAACACAAGUCGAACACAAAAGUGGAAGGAUCAAGAAAGAAAACAAAUAGAAAAGCAAAAUAAAGAAGCUGUACUUCAGGACAAUGGCAAUGAGGAUAUAAUUAAAGAAAUGGCAAAGGAUGUUUAUUAUUUAGAAAAAAAAGUAACUUGUCCUAUCUGUAAUAAAUCUUUCCCAAGCGAUAAGAUAGAAAAUCAUGCAGCUACGUGUGAUCAAUUUGAAGCGGAUAAUGAACCUGAACAAGACAUUACUUAUUCUCCUCAAAACAGUAGAUAUGUAGUCAAAGAAAAAACUAAGAAUUCAAAAACGACAUUUGAAUGUAAUAUUUGUUCUACAUUUAAAACAGAAAAUGGCAUAGAUUAUGAAGAUCACGUUAAUAAAUGUUUACAAGAUAAACAGAAUUCUCCAUCUCGAGGUACUUCUAUGAUGAUCAAUGUACCUGAUUCUCCUGUACGUUCUUAUCAAUCCAUUAGUGAACAAAGAACUUCUAAUAUAGAUUACAAUGGGCAAUUAAUUUCAGUAAGGAAAGCACAAGUAGGUAGGAAGAGAAAACGUUCUUCUAAUAAAAAAUGUCAAGAGCUAGAUUUUCCUGCAAUUGUACCAGGCGGUAUCUAUACAGAUUUAACUACUGCACGUUUGAUACCUAAUAACUUUCUAGCAAUGAACGAUAUAAAAAAUCGAUGGGUUGGUAACCAAACGGUUGUAUACAGCAAAAAUUUUACUGGGACAAAUACUUUUGUAAAUGGUUCAACAAUAGCCUUAAUAUUUCAUGGACUCGAUACUUUUGCUACUAUUUUUUUAAAUGAUCAUAAAGUAGGAGAAGCUUCUAAUAUGUUUUUAAAGUAUAUAUUUUAUAUAGAACAAUAUAUAAAGAUAGGGGAGAAUACUUUAAAAAUUAUAUUUCAUUCACCUAUAAAAAUGGCAAAUGAUUUAUAUAAAAAUCAAAGUCUACAAUAUAUUGUUCCCCCAAAAUGUGUUCCCAAAGAAUAUAAUGGAGAGUGUCAUGUUAAUCACAUUCGAAAAAUGCAAGCUAGUUUCUCAUGGGAUUGGGGCCCAGCUAUUCCUUCUAUGGGAAUUUGGAAAAGUGUUGAAUUAAUUUCUACAACUGAAAUUCUAAUUAUAGACAUUACAACAGACAUAUACGAAAAAGAUAAUCUUUGGGAAAUUUUUAUAACAAUAUUCUUUGAAAUUUCUCCUCAUAAAGGAAGUGACACUAUUAUGUGUAAUAUAGCUUCAAAAUUAUAUACUAUAAAUUCUAUAUAUGCUCAAAAUUCAUCUGAUAUAAUAUUACAAGUAAAGAAUAGAUAUGCUACCAUAUCAACUAUAUUAAAUGUGCAUUCGAAAUUGAUUGAUAGAUGGUGGCCAAAUGGUUUUGGUAAACAAAAUUUGUACACAUUAAAAGUUGCUAUUACAACAGGAACUAAAACAGUAAAUAAAUAUAUGCGCAUAGGUUUCAGAACUAUAGAAUUAGUAGAAGAACCAUUAGAGAAAGGAUUGAGUUUUUAUUUUCGUGUAAAUGGUAUACCAAUAUUUGCAAAGGGAAGUAAUUUUAUUCCUGCAAGUAUAUUUCCUGAAUUAACAGCUAAAAAAAAUGUUAUUAGAAACCUAUUGCAAUCGGCUAAGGAAGCACACAUGAAUAUGCUUAGAGUUUGGGGUGGAGGAAUGUAUGAAUCUGAUUUAUUUUAUAAUUUAGCCGAUGAAUUCGGAAUUAUGAUUUGGCAAGAUUUUAUGUUUGCUUGCUCAAUGUACCCUACGAGUGAAGAAUUUUUGAGCUCCGUUAAAGAGGAAGUUAUACAAAAUGUACGACGAUUAAAAAAUCAUGCAAGUAUAGUUUUAUGGGCAGGCAAUAAUGAAAAUGAAGCAGCUUUAUAUAGUAAUUGGUAUGGAACUGGUAAAGAGGAUAUAUAUAAAAAUGAUUACAUUAAACUUUAUGUGAAUUUAAUUAAAAAGGAGGUGGAAAAAUUAGAUCCUACUAGACCUUUUGUUGUAUCCAGUCCUAGUAAUGGUUUAUAUACAAAAGAAUACAAUUAUGUUGGACAAAAUCCUUAUUCAAAUUUAUAUGGAGAUGUUCAUUAUUAUAAUUAUAUGAGAAAUGGAUGGGAUAUAAAUCAAUAUCCACGUUCAAGAUUUGUCUCAGAAUAUGGAUUUCAGUCGAUGCCAUCAAUUUAUACAAUGUUAACAGCUAUAGAAAAUUUUGAUGAUUUACGGAUAGGCACUAACUUUUUGAAACACCGUCAACAUUUAUUUUUUGGUACUGAAUUCAUGAAAUUUCUUAUUUCUACAAAUUUUGUAAUACCAAAAUCAAAUAAUACAAUUCGAGAUUUUAUGGAUUUUAUAUAUUUAAGUCAAAUAAAUCAAGCUGUCUCAGUGAAAAUACAAACAGAAUCAUAUCGUCAAGCAAGAUCAGAGUUGAAUGCAUUAGGAGAAGGAUUUACAAUGGGAGCUCUUUAUUGGCAAUUAAAUGAUGUUUGGCAAGCUCCAUCGUGGUCCUCUAUUGAAUAUGGAGGAAGAUGGAAAAUACUUCAUUAUUAUGCAAUAGAAUUUUUCUCACCUAUUAUUGUAACUUCUCAUUUAUCUCAAGCAAACGAGCUAUCGGUAUAUAUUGUUUCUGAUAAAUUAUAUCCAAUAAGUAAUUGUACUUUAAAAUUGAAUAUCUAUAAUUGGAAUUCGAUGGUACCUCUACAUGUACAUUCUAUAGAUAAUAUUAAAGUUGAGCCAAAUAAAGCAAUGCGAAUUACAUCGAUAUGGCUUGAUAAAUUCCUUGAAAAAAUUAAAUGUGGAACAUUGGUAGAAGCAAAGAAAUUCUGUAUUAUGCGUCUCACGCUUGAAGAUUAUAAUAGAUUACAAAUUGCUCCCGUUAAUUAUGUAUAUCCAACUGUAUUAAAAGAUGUAAAUAUCCCAUUAGCAAAUAUCAAAAUAAAAAUUAAUACAAAUUAUCUACCAGGAAAAUUGUCAAAUUAUCCAGAUUAUGAAAUUGAACUAACCACUAAUAAUAUAGCACUUUUUGUUUGGUUAGAAGUAAAAUCCAUAAGUGGACGUUUUUCAGAAAAUGGGUUUCACAUGUUCGAGCAAACAAAAUAUAUAAAGUUUCAUGCAUACGAAGCAACUACGCCAAACAUAUUACGAAAAAAUAUACAAGUUACAACUCUUUCUGACAUUUACAAUUCAAACAGAACUGUAAAUAUAUAUGAAUAUUUUUAUGAAGGAAAAUAAAUAUCAUAAUAUGGCGAAUUAAGAUAACGACGGCUCAAAUUAAUUACCACCAUAAUACAGCAAAGAAGUAAGGGUCCAAAAAUAGCACCUUCAACACCCAGACAAAAUAUUCCACCGGCUAUAGAUAAGCCAGUGAGAUAUGGAUGACCCCCACUAAAAUAAAUUGCAGGAACACAAGCAAUAUAUGCAUCCAAGAAGGGGACAGCACCUAAUACUGUAGCUAAAGCUGAUGGUAAAUAUACAAUUUUAACUUGAAAUAAAUUAUGUACAAACCACGUCCACAUUCCAAAAAAUGUAGCAAGUUUGAACGUGGCUGCAAAUACUCCAAUCACAGCUUCUUGCAGAGCAACAGCAAAUCUGUGAAAAAAUGGAACACGAUUCUUCCCAUUCUUGAGGUACCCAAUCUAUAUCUGGAUUAUUUAUUAAAGAAGAAUUUACAAUUUCAGCUGUAACUUGAAUGAGAUGCAUACCUUCCGCAUAGACCUAUUAUGAUAAUAUAAAAUAUUUUAAUGUAUUUUCAGGAACGAGUUAUAUUAAUUACAUAAUGAAUUAAUAAUCUAAU